UUGUGGACAAGAUGUAACUUGAUAUUUACCUUUGUUGUUUUGGAUUAGAGAGUAAAAAAAUAGCAACCUCCUCCGUAUAAAAGUGUGAGCUCAGCCAACGCCCGUCCCAUUUUACACACAGUGAUCAACACGAGGAUCAAGUUCCAUCAUGGUGCACAGGGUGGCAGUGAUCGGGGCGGGGCCAUCAGGUCUCACCGCCAUGAAGGUGUGUCUUGCUGAAGGUUUGGAGCCGACCUGCUUUGAGAGCAGCGACGAUAUUGGCGGACUUUGGAAGUUCAAGGAGGUAUCAGAGCCGAACCGGGCCAGUAUCUACCGCUCGCUCACCAUCAACGUCUCAAAGGAGAUGAUGUGCUACAGCGACUUCCCCAUCCCUGCUGACUACCCAAACUACAUGCACCACUCCAAGAUCCUAAAGUACUUCAGGAAGUACGCAGAGCACUUCAAACUGCUGCAGCACAUUCACUUCCAGAAGUCGGUAAAGAGUGUCCGCCAGAGAUCAGACUUCAGCCGGACGGGUCAGUGGGAGGUGGUAACCGAGGACAGAGACGGGCAGCAGCAGAGUCACGUCUUCGAUGCAGUCAUCUGCUGCUCCGGUCACUACUCCUACCCCAACUUGCCACUCAAAGACUUCCCAGGAAUCGAGUCGUUUGAAGGAAAAUACCUCCACAGCUGGGACUAUAAGGGCCCUGAGGAUAUGUACGGGAAGAGAGUGCUGGUCAUCGGGAUCGGAAACUCAGGAGGAGACAUCGCUGUGGAGAGCAGCAGGGUGGCCGAACAGGUGUACCUGAGCACUCGCACAGGUGCCUGGGUCAUCCGUCAGGUUUCUGAUGAUGGCAUUCCUGUGGACAUCAAGUACAAUACACGCUUCAACCACAUCCUGUUCCAGCUGUUUCCCAUAAAAUUCUUCAACUGGUUUGGCGAGAAGAAACUCAACGGCAUGUAUGACCACACCAUGUACGCCCUGAAACCCAAACACAGACUCUUCAGCCAGAUCCCGAUUAUCAACGAUGAUCUCCCCUUUAGAAUCCUGUCAGGCUCCGUUAUCAUCAAACCAAACGUGAAGGAGAUCCGAGGCUCCUCCGUGGUGUUCGAUGACGGCAGCAUUGUGGAAAAGGUGGAUACGAUCGUGUUCGCCACAGGUUACAACCAUGGUUUUCCGUUCCUGCCGAGCAGUGUUUUGUAUAACUCUGGGCACCGAGUGGGUCUGUACAAACACGUGUUUCCACCCAACAUAGAGCACCCAACACUGGCUGUGGUGGGUUUCAUCCACAGCCUCGGCGCCAUCAUGCCUCAGGCUGAGAUGCAGACGCGAUGGGUCGCACGGGUCUUUAAAGGGGACAAUCAACUGCCUUCAAACAAGGUCAUGAUAAAGUCUAUGGAGAAAGACACCAAGGACAUGGAGAAAAGAUACAUCCUGUCGCGGCAGCAUCCCCUUCAGGUGGACUUUGUCUCCUACCUGGACGACAUCGCAGGAGAGAUCGGGGUGCGUCCCAGUCUGCUGUGGUUGUUCUUCACAGACUACCCGCUCUUUAAGAGGGUCCUGUGGGGGCCAAUCACCGUUUACCAGUACCGCCUGACAGGACCAGGGAAAUGGGAUGGGGCCCGCAGAGCUAUCUUCACACAGUUGGACCGCAUGUACCAGCCUCUGAAGACCAGAAAGCUGAAGGAGCCCGAGGCCUCCAUCACUGGCCGCCUGGUGAAGCUGAGUCUGACCGUCAUGGCUGGUGGAGCAGCUGUUUACUACGUCCACGUGCAUUACCCGACCACCUUCUCCACCCUGCUGUCCAAGCUCCGCCCACUAACCAUCUGAACACACUGAAACAAACAAACCUAGCGACAACAGCUCUUUAAUGUCCUCUUGGUGUCAUUAAAGGAAUGAGUGUG